ACCACGCGCCUUCUUCUUCUCCAACCUCCCCCAAAAAGAAAGGAGAAAGAAAAAAAACACAGAGAGAACCUCGAUCGAUGGCCGCCGCCGCCCUCCUCCGCCGCUCGCAGACGGCGGCGCGCGCCCUGCUGUCCCCGGCGCCGCUCUCCUCCCGCCUCGUCGCCUCCAAGCCCCACUCCUCUUCCCCCGCCCCUCCCCCGCCGUCCGCGAGCACCAAGACCUUCUCGAUCUACCGCUGGGACCCGGACUCGCCGUCGACGAAGCCGCACCUCAAGGACUACAAGGUGGACCUCUCCGACUGCGGGCCCAUGGUCCUCGACGCGCUGCUCAAGAUCAAGAACGAGCAGGACCCGUCGCUCACCUUCCGCCGCAGCUGCCGCGAGGGCAUCUGCGGCAGCUGCGCCAUGAACAUCGACGGCGACAACGGGCUCGCCUGCCUCACCAAGAUCUCCUCCGAGUCCAAGGGCGCCUCCACGAUCUCGCCGCUGCCCCACAUGUUCGUCGUCAAGGACCUCGUCGUCGACAUGACCAACUUCUACAACCAGUACAAGAGCGUCGAGCCCUGGCUCAAGCGCAAGGACCCGCCGUCCCCCGAGGGGAAGGAGAUCCCGCAGACCAAGGCCGACCGCGCCAAGCUCGACGGCAUGUAUGAGUGCAUCCUCUGCGCCUGCUGCUCCACGUCCUGUCCGUCCUACUGGUGGAACCCUGAGGAGUAUCUCGGCCCGGCUGCGCUGCUCCAUGCCAACAGGCUUCCGCUGUGGGGGACGCUAAUCAAACCAAAACCCAGCAUGUUCAUGCACGUCCAAGCUCGAGGCUAUCAUGGGGUAUCAGAGAACAGAAACAUGAGGGAUCACAAACGUAGAUUGCUUGCAGCAAAAUAUGAGCUGAGAGGAAAGCUUUAUAAGUCUGUCUGUAGGGACCCUGAUCUUCCAUUGGAAAUGCGCGAUAAGUUUCGCUAUAAGCUGUCCAAGCUGCCAAGAAAUAGUAACAUGACACGUCUUAGAAACCGCUGUAUUUUCACUGGACGCUCUCGCGGUGUCUACAAGAAAUUCCGCAUGUCUCGUAUCGUGUUCCGCACAUUGGCAAAUAAGGGCGAAGUCAUGGGUGUUAAGAAAGCAUCUUGGUAGUUUUUAACAGACCAGUAGGACAAAGCAGUAGCUCUGCAGUAGUCCAGUCAAAUAAGGUUGCCUCUGCAGUCUUUCAGUGAUCCCUGCGGCUAUCUGUCAAGUUGUUUUUGCCAGCAACCGAUGUUUGCAUCUUUCUUUACCUAAUUGAACCAGUGUAAUGAUGUACUGUCUUUCAUGCGAUUCAGCAUUUGUGAAACUAAAGAUCCUGAUUGUUCAAGGAUUCUACAAGUUGGCUCUUAUUAUGCGCUUUAUUUGA